GUCCCUCUUCCCAAGCAGCUCCGCCCCGCAGUCGAGGACAGACAGCGAAGAGACUGAGACAUGUGCUGAGAGAGAGACAGCGCGCUGUGGAGGCAGGACCGAUCGUCUUUAGGUAGGAAAGAGAGAAAAUGUCAUUUCACACUUGUGAGAGCGACGGUCUGUGAGGAGCAGCAAGUUGUUCACGCGCAGAAGCGACAUUUAAAGCGCCUCACCGUCAAGUUUGCGCAUGAUGCGGCGUGUGUGGAUUCAGCAUCGCGUCUGUGAACGCGCCACGAGCCCGCAACCAAGAUAACUUUCACACGGCAGUUCGACACUGAAGUGUUGGCUACUUUUUACUCUCAUUGACUGGUGAUAAAGAAGACCGACUCGGUCAGGUGGCUUCAGAGAGGAGACGCACGGACCACGCGCAUGUGUGGAGUACCAGCAGGAUUUUAGAGCGUGCAUGUUCGUAUGGAUGGCAACUCUUUGGCCACUUUUUACGAGUCUGAGAAAAGUUUUUUAAAGCAACUGGAAGGAAGAAUGGAUGUGAAAAGCAAGCGGUAUUGUAGUUUGACAUGCAGUGCUUCUCUUUUACUGAUCGUCAUGGAAACAUCUCAAGCUAUGGAGGUCGAGAUGCUGGAUGGAUCCUCCGUGUUAAGUUCAUUCACUGAGCUUUGACUUUACUUUUAUUCCUUCGCAGAAGAAUGUGAUGAUUUUGACUCUCACACACAUGAUCGUUCUCCUUAAACGCAUCUAUUAUUAGCAGAGCUUCUAUUUUCUCCCUGUUAAUUGACAUUAUGGACAAAAACUCUAUUGCAUAUCAGAUGGAGUUGACACUUUUCAUGGUCGUCUUCCUGUUUUGGGUCACCGUGUGCGCGGAUGACAGUAAGAUCAUUUCAGACCGGUAUGCUGUGUACUGGAACAGUACGAAUCCCAGAUUCUUGCAUGGUGAAUACACAGUGGAGGUGGCUAUCAACGACUACCUGGACAUCUACUGUCCACACUAUGAGGACCAUCUUCCUCAGGAGCGCAUGGAACGCUACAUCCUUUUCAUGGUCAACUAUGAUGGCUACACCACCUGCAACCACCACAUGAAAGGCUUCAAGCGCUGGGAAUGCAACCGCCCAAUGAGUCCGAAUGGGCCCCUUAAGUUCUCAGAGAAGUUCCAGCUGUUCACACCCUUCUCCCUGGGCUUUGAGUUUCGCCCAGGCCAUGAAUACUACUACAUCUCCUCACCACACCCCAACCUCGGUGGGAAGCCGUGUUUGAAAUUGAAGGUGUACGUCAAGCCUACGAAUGACUCUCUGUACGAGUCUCCAGAGCCGUUCUUGACAGAUGACUCCAGUGGUGGUUGGGCAUUAACGCCCAGCCUGUGGCUCAUGCUUUCGUUGCUUCUGCUUCUGUGUCCCUCAUAGCAUUAUAAUCCACUGAGCCUGACCACGCCCAACCUGCUCCACCCCAUCAUACAUCACAAUGACAUGCCCCACCCCAUGAGAUCUGGAGUCUAGCCAGCAAACAUUGCUCCUCACCUGCUCUUUGCACUGUUGAUAUGGAUUUUUACCAACCCUGCAACCCAGCUGGACAUCCAAAAACCAUCUCUAAUUUACAAUGACAAUAUGCCUCGCCCAAAUGCCUAAAUAUGGGCGUUCCUGCAUAGGCUCUUUUGCUCGACUGACAAAAGACAAGUGAAGCGGCCAGCAUUUUUGAGUGUGCUGUACUUUUCUGCCUACAUCCCACCAUCAUCCGCAUGUCAAGAGAUUCAAGUGACUGCCAUCUGAAUCGCUCUGUUUGUAUGCGUUAACCACCUACUUGAGCCUUCACUGUCAUCUGAGCUCAAUUUUCACUAAUGUGAGACCAUAAAAGUGUGCGAGUGAGUUUGUGCUUGUGGGUGUGCGUAUGCCAAUGUUCACAUAUGAACAAAUGUACAGAGCAGUCACAGUCCCUUACAAAAUUACUAGAAAAAAAUGUGUUCUAAUUACUCAUUGAGAGAAGAGACAAUUCUAUCUGUGAAUCUGCCAAAGACAUUACUUAAACUUUUUUAAUAGGGGACAUGGGGAAAUGCUAGCUUUGAUAAGAGAUUACAUGCAACCAUGGAACAUUUCAGGCUUUUAGAUUCAUGGGAGGGGAGUGACAGACGACAGUGUAGAUUUUUCUAUUAUGAUCUUUUUUGUCAUACAAAAAACAAAAACAAAAAAAACAAAAAAACAAAAACAAAAAAAAAAAGAAUGUUGAGUAGAUCAAAAAAACAAUAGCUAAAUAUGGCCUUUUUCACUGGUGCUCAAUCUGAAAUGAGUUUGUCUGUCUCAAACUGCAAAAUAAAUAAAAUAAUAAUAAUAAUAAUAAUAAUAAUAAUAAUAAUAAUAAUAAUUUUCUUAGUGAGUAUUUUUGACUUGUUUUCCAGUAAAAAUAUCAAAACCUUACAACAUCUUACAUUGUUUUUUUUUUUAUUAUUUAUGCCAUUGAAAAAUUGUGCAGCCCCUAAAGUGACAGAAAAAAGACUUUUGCAUGAGAAAAAGUUUUGCAUAUGCACAAGAAACUUUCCUCUGAAAAUGAAACAUUUUCAACAGAAUUAAACAUUUUCUUUUUCGCACUCACAACAGAAUGAAAAAUCCUCUCAUUUACAUGUCGAGAACAGAAAUGUUCUUAUUUUCACACACAUGUUUUCCAUAUGUACAUAUUUCCAAAUGUACAUUUUUGUGCAAAACUGGGUAAACUUUUUUUUUUUUUUUUUUUUUGCAUACAAAAAAAGUUGCUUGUGCAAACAAAAAAAGUUUUAAAAAGUUUUUCAUGAACACAUUCAUGUGCAAAAAAAAAAAAAAAAAAAAAAAUCUAGUUUUCAAUGCACACAAAUUUCUUGUGUACAUGUGAAAGUUUUGCACACAAGUUUUUUGUACCCACGUAGAAUGUUUCUUGUGCACAUGGAGCAAAUGCCACCUUAGGACCUCUGUUACAAAUAAUUUUUUGUUUGUUUAUUUUAAGCAUAAAUCUAACAGACUUUUGUGAAGUUUACACUUGAACAGGGAAAAAAAUUCAAGAAAUAUCCCCCAAAACACGUCUUAUUAUCUUAAGCAGUUUUACACAACACAAAAAUACAGAUUAAGAGAAUGCAAUUUUGCAGUGUAUACAGUGCCAAGUGGAAGAGGGAUGUCUGUGUCAAAGAAGUGUUUGUUGUCAGGUCGGCUUUCUAACUUUCGUCCCAUCCUGUGUCGCUCUCUUGUUCUCUUCUCUCUCUCUCUCUCGCUGUCAUUUUUGAAUGUGGUCUUUUCUGUGUGCUGCCCCAUCACGCAUAGAUCUCCCACACUUGCACUUGCUCCCUUUAUCCGUGCUGAGGAGGACCGCUGAAUAAGAGGCCUCAGGACUCUGAGCGCCUGGUAACUGUGACAUCAUUGUGACAUCACAGGCUUUGGCGUAAAGACCGAUGGACCGAGGCCUUGCACUGCAAAUAGAAACCCUACAUAACAUGACUCCAUAUGAGGGAUUAAAAUCCACAUAGCACUUCUGCUUUUUUGACAAUUUCAUGAAAAAAAUUAACAGAAAGGAGAAACUAUAAAGAUGUGGGAAUAUUUGUGCGUUGGAAUUGUUUUGUGACUGUAAUAAUAUAUGUCAUGAAGAUUUCACGGCAAGUCGGCAUGGAUUGUCUAAGAAAAUGAAAAAAAAAACUUUUUUUUAAAUGUGUGUUGGAACUUUUAUAUUUUACUUAUUCCCGUGUUAUUUUUAACUUUUCAAAAGAGCAGCAGAAAUUAUUCAUAUGUGAUAUGAAAUUAUAAUGUAGACCCUUGAAUUAUUAGAGCAACGAUGGUACCAGUUCUGCAGUUAAAUGAGUCUAGACAAGUCAGAUGUUGCUGUUGUUGUUGUUGUUGUUGUUGUUGUUUCCUGCUUGUAUCACGAUGCAUUCUGGUACAUGUAGUCCUGAAUAUUUUUUUCUCCAAGUGUUAUGAGAUUAUUUUUAUUUGUUAAUCAUGUGGAUAAAACAUAUUUUGAGUUUCUAUAAAAUGUUCAAAUGCUCUGGCAAAGGACAACUGCAAGAAAAAAAAAGAAAAAAAAAACUGAAAUAAAGCUUUUUUUUUUGUUCAAAAUAGAAGAUUUGGGUUGUUUUUUUGUUUUUUCUUGAAAGACAUUAAUACUUUAAGCGAUGAUCCAUUGAUUGAUCAAAAUUUUCUAUUUCCAAAAAAAAAAAAAAAAAAAAAAAUUCUGUUUAUUCUUCUCUCUAUUCUUCACUGAAUCCUGAAAAAAAAGCAUCACGGUUUCCACAAAAACAACUCUGACAAUAAUAAGAAAUGUUUCUUGAUCACCAUAUCAGCACAUUAGAAUGAUUUUUGAACUGCCUUUUGAGGUAGCAUCCCAACCACCAUGGAACCUCAUAACAUUUUACAAAGGCAGCAAACUUGGCAUGUUUAAUACUUUUCAGUAUUGAAUUAAAGUUGUAGUGGAUUCUGGAUCCUUUUCAAAUGAUUUCAGAACAGUUUUUAUGACUUGUUGAAAUGCUCCCUCUGUAGGCAGCUCACUAGAUUUGGACUUUGAAGUAUCCCAAAAAUUCUAAAAGUCUAAUCUGUUUGAUCAACUUUUUUUUUUUUUAAUUAUAGAAUUAGACAUUUUUCAUCAGUGUUACUUGUAUUUUGAUAAAAGCAAAGAAUCUCAGACCAGACCAAAUGAGCUCCAGAGACAUCUUCAAAGAUAAGGUAAUGUAUCAAUCACACAGAAACCAGACAACAUGAAAGCUCUUCCUUUGAUUUUUAUGUUUCUAACUUGGGAGGAGAAAAAAGAAAGAUUAUCCAUCAAUUUAGCAGUGUAAUUCAAUAACUUAAUCCCUGCUGGCCUUGUAACCCUCCAGGACUCUGAAAACUUCAUUUUAAACUGACAACACAUUUUCCAUUUCUAAAUGUCUCUUUCUCUUGCUCUGUUUGUCUCUCACUGACACACACAGACACCUUGUGUCCAAAGGCUAUACUAUUUGGGAAGGGAUGGCAGUAAAUGCACCUGAACGGCUGUAGUUUCCAGUAAUGUUUGUAAGAGGGUCAGAAAAUGGAGGCUGAUAGGACUGAGUGCUGAGCUUGGUCUCAUGCAGCGAUGAAAACCACAUUGCCAUGGGAGUCUUACUGAGGAGAGAUGGGGGUAAUUGUGCACAGAUUUGGACAAUUUUCCCUCAAUUUGGUAUUAUCUGUUUCCUACCAGACGGCUGAAACAGAAAAUGAUGGAAGAUUCUAUAAAAUACCCCUUUCCGUGACACUAGGGCCUCCUGGAAAUUAUGCAUCAUGUCGUCAAUAAUGCAUCACAUUAUGGAAUAGGAAGUAUUUCUACAUUACUAAAUAUGGUAUGUAUGGAUGGCUUAUAAUUGACCAUAUGGAAAACAUUUUGUGUAAGUCAAAUGUCAUUGACAUCAAGUAAAAGCGUUUGACAUUGACAUUUUUGUAAAAUAUGAUGACAUUAAUCGUCUAGAAAAACUCAUAACAUGCCAUUUGUUUAUUUUGUUUCUUUUAUGUGGGACCUACAUUCAUACUCUUUCAAAUAAACAUAAUAAACUACAAGAAAAAGAAAUUAUGAAGUUCAUUGAAAUAAAAAUAGUUUAAUUUAGUUAUCUGCUUCAUUUGCAAGAGGUCAAAGGUUAAACUGGGGUGAGACACUAUGGGAUUGGUCUGGAAUAGCAUACUUUCUAGCAUUGGAUUAAGUAUACACUAUGCGCAGAAUGUUGUGUAUGCAUGCACUUUCUAAAUAAGUUCACAUUUGUACAAAAAAAUGAGCAGUGAACAACUAGAGAACACUCUUUGGAACACCUAUGGACCAAAUUAUUUGGUAGAUGGUAACUGGUCAACACUCACUGAAUUAAAAAUGGCAACAUGAGCUCAUAAGCAACAUGAGCAUUUGUACAUAAAGUGCAGUUCUAACCAGUGUUGCCAAUUUAGUGAUUUUUUGUCGCUAGAUUUAGUGAUUUCUUGCCCGAUUUGAGACUUUUUUCAAAAGUUUAGGGACAAAUCUAGCAACUUCUUGGACAAACCUUAUCUAGAUUCUUAUUUUUGCCAACUGAUCUAUAUUCAUAUUAAUAUAGAUUAAUAAUUAAUAAUGAUAUAGAUUAAUGAAUUUGCCAUUAUGAUGUCAUCUAGUGACAUUUAGCUGCAGUUUUGGCUACUUUCAAUUGAAAGCAGUUGGCAACACUGGUUCUAACAUGCAUUUUUCCAUGUUUGAAUGCAUAUGCAAAUGUACAAGUUCAACAUUGACAGUAUCUGAAUUGUAUCACUAUCAACAUAACAAAAUGUUUUGAAUCUUCCAAGUUCAUUGUAUAUUGAGUUCAUACAAUUUAUUUGUUGAUUUUAUUGUAUUUAAGGAGAUAUGUUUUUAAGGAGAAAUCAAAUUUAUUUAGCCCAGUUAAUGCAUUAACCUAUUUUAAUUUUAUAAUGGUUCCAGUAUGUACUAGGUGAUUUCUAAAGAACACACACACAUCAGUAAAUGAGUAAAACACACAUUAAUUAUGCUGUAAAAUCAGUGGGGUUUCACGUUUAUUUCGGAUUUCGUAUUAAAUGUCAAUUUGAUGUCAUUUGUUGUUAAAUCAAAGAAAACUUCUCAGGUUAUGCAUGUAACCAUGGUUCCCUGAGAACAGGGAAUGAGACUCUGCAUCCCCUAGGGGUCGCUAUGGGGAAUGCCUCCGGCAUGCAAAGUGUCUGAAGCGUGAGUCUAAACACGACAAUGAACUUGACAUUGGCAGGCGGCAACCUAUGACGUCACCACAAGUCCGACCGUGAGUAUAAAAGUCAAGUCAAGUCACCUUUAUUUAUAUAGCGCUUUUUACAAUGUAGAUUGUGUCAAAGCAGCUUUACAUUGAUAACUGGUACAUUAUUUGGCUGCACAGCAGCUCUUAAAAGAAUAGUGUCAAUGCAGGCAGAUCAAAGCACUGUUGAAUAUCAAAUGUCAAGUGUCCCCAACUAAGCAAGCCAAAGGCGACAGCGGCAAGGAACCCAAACUCCAUCAGGUGACAUCAGGUGGCAGACAAGUGGCAAAUAGGUGUUUAAAUGGAGAAAAAAAACCUUGGGAGAAACCAGGCUUAGUCGGGGGGCCAGUUCUCCUCUGGCCAACAGUGCUUUGUUACGAUUCAGGUAGCUAUCAUAAGUCCGACAGGAUCGCAACAUUCAAAGUAUUUAUUCCAGUUCCAUCCAAUUGAGGAUUGUAUUCAUCACGGCUGUUGAGGAACUGUGUCGUGGCUGUCGUGUCGAUGAGGCCCUCAGAGUGGAUGAUCUAGUUGACUCAAUCUCUGCUGAUACUUCAGGGCUGCGUUGUGGUCGUGUCAAGGCGCAGGUCCUUGGUCUCACCUGGAUACGGCCUGGAUCCGGUUGACUAUGGUGAACCUCGGGAUAACCAGAAAGACUAAUAUUAGCGUAGAUGCCAUUCUUCUUCUGAUGUAACGAGUACAUCAGGUGUUAUAGGAAGUGUUCCCGGUUCCGGCUGACCUAAUUUAUGCAGCCUAAUAAUCCUUUAACAGAUUUGAAAAUAUAAAUUGGUAAUGUGUUAUGUGUAUGCCAGGUUAAAGAAAUGCGUUUUUAAUACAGAGUGUGUCUGCUUCCCGAACAAUGCUAGGAAGAUUGUUCCAGAGUGUAGGUGCCAAAUAGGAGAAGGAUCUACCGCCUGCGGUUGAUUUUGAUAUUCUAGGUAUUAUCAGCUGGCCUGAAUUCUGAGAUCGCAAUAGACGUGAAGGACUAUAAUAAAUUAGGAGCUCGCUCAGGUACUGGGGAGCUAAACCAUUUAGUGCUUUGUAAGUAAUUAGCAAGAUUUUAAAAUCUAUACGAUGUUUAACAGGAAGCCAAUGCAGUGUUGACAGAACUGGGCUAAUAUGGUCAUACUUCCUAGUUCUAGAAAGAACUCUAGCUGCUGCAUUUUGUACGAGCUGUAGUUUAUUUAUCAGGCGAGCAGAACAACCACCCAGUAGAGCGUUACAGUAAUCUAGCCUUGAGGUCAUGAACGCAUGAACUAACUGUUCUGCAUUUUUCAUUGAGAGCAUAUGUCGUAGUUUAGAUAUAUUUUUAAGAUGGAAGAAUGCGGUUUUACAGAUGCUAGUAACAUGGCCUUCAAAUGAAAGAUUGGUAUCAAAGAGCACACCCAGGUUCCUAAGUGACGACGAAGACUUAACAGAGCAGCCAUCAAGUGUUAGACAGUAUUCUAGUUUAUUACGUGAAGAAUUUUUUUAGUCCAAAAAUUAGAAUCUCUGUUUUUUCUGAAUUUAGUAGUAGGAAUUUACUGGUCAUCCAAUUUUUUAUAUCAGCUAUGCAUUCUGUUAAUUUUGUGAAUUGGUAAGUUUCGUCAGGGCGCGAAGAAAUAUAGAGCUGAGUAUCAUCAGCGUAACAGUGAAAACUAACGCCAUGCUUCCUAAUGAUAUCUCCCAAGGGUAGCAUGUACAGAGUGAACAGCAACGGUCCUAGUACUGAGCCUUGAGGUACUCCAUAUUUAACUUGUGAUCGAUAUGACAUCUCUUCGUUUACUACUACAGACUGAUAACGGUCAGAUAAGUAUGAUUUGAACCAUGACAAUGCAAUUCCACUAAUGCCAACAUAAUUUUCGAGUCUAUUUAAAAGAAUAUUGUGAUCAAUAGUGUCAAAUGCAGCACUAAGAUCGAGUAACACUAAUAGAGAGAUACAACCACGAUCUGAUGAUAAGAGCAAAUCAUUAGUAACUCUAAUGAGAGCAGUCUCAGUACUAUGGUACGGUCUAAAUCCUGACUGGAAAUCCUCACAGAUACUAUUUCUUUCUAAAAAGGAACAUAGUUGUGAUGAUACUACCUUUUCUAGUAUUUUUGACAGAAAAGUGAGAUUUGAGAUCGGCA